UUCAGUCCUCUUCAAUUCUCCACUUUCGAACCAAUAACAUCGCAGCUGUUCAAUUGAGAAGUAUAAUACAUAUCCAUCCAAUAUGUCGGGGAACGGCACAAGUCACGAAGACGUCAUUCCGCCUGGCUCAAAUAAGCGACAGCGGACAUCAGGGAUGUACCGUCGGAAGAGGGCGGUAGCUGCAUGCCAGCAGUGUCGUAUUAGGAAGACCAAAUGCGACAAUGCUCGACCGGUCUGUGGGUUCUGUCAGAAGAACCAGGGUCAAUGCAUCUACCCGGACGGAGGUCCGAAUGAUUACUCAGCAUUCGAUCCUGCAAGCUUGGCUAUCUUGGAUCGGAUCAACCAUGUCGUCAAUUUAUUGGAAACCGGAUCUCUUGUUGGACCUGGAGAAGUGCACCAAGAGCCAUCUCCAUGCUCGUUGCCAAACCCUGCCCCUUUAAAUACUACGGUCACAAGCAUAUCGCAACAACCGAUAUGUGAAGACGAUGAUUUACCCCGGUUAGAUGAUCCAGAUUUCGCAGCUUCGACAUGUAGUUGCGAAAGUAUCCUACGAUGGCCGAUUUUCAAAGAUGUCGUUUCUGAUGCUCGUCCCUUCAUAUUCGAGUCUGGUAGCGGAAUAGACUCCUUUACUGAGUUUCGCGGUUUGGAAUCCGGGAGACUAGGUAGAGGAGUCCAAGAAGACGACUUUAUUCCCCUAUCCAAAAAGUUCCUAGCCUACGUUCAUGUCAAGAACCCGAUUCUUGACCUCGCAGACUUCAGGGCUCAUGUUAAGGAAGCCUCGGAGAAUGGUCUUCGGUGGGAUAGUCAAUCCUGUCUUGUGCUUAUCGCUUGCGCCCUCGCAUGUCUAUCAUCGCCUUUUCAUCGAGAUGUCACGACAAAUGGAACACCGGACUCUAAUAAGUCAUUGUCAGUCACGAGCGUCGACCAAGCCACGGCUUCAUCGUACUACCUAGCUGCCAAAAAGCGUCUUGGAUUGCUGGAAACUUCGAUACUCCAGGUGCAAUGUCUAUUUCUAUGCGGUGUCUUCGAAAUGUAUUCGCUCAAACCUUUACAAGCUUGGACCUAUUUUAACCAAGCCUCAGUAAGCUUUAGGAAUCUAGUGUGGAUGCGGACACAAAGGGGAAUUGGAGACAUGGUUGAGAGUCAGAGGCUUGAACAACGUCUGUACUGGUCGUGCAUGAAAUCUGAAUUAGAAAUUCGAUCCGAGAUACCAUUGCCGUCCAGUGGAAUUGCCCGCUUCGAUUACCCAGAUUUAUUCCCAAGCCCACCGUCAGAACUUGCCUCUCCCGUAGAACAGUCGCAAAGUUUCGAUGGAUUACCAACAGACAUCGAACCAGAAGAAGAGCGAAGUUGGUUUUAUUACCUUUCCGAAAUAUCCUACCGGAGAAUACUGAGUCGCGCAUUUGUUAUAUUGCGACGCGACGGCGAGGAAGGCUGGAUCAGACAUAUUGAACAAACGAUUAAGCAGUGCGAAGACCUUGAUGACCAGAUCAAAGCUUGGUGUUCGCAUAUCCCACCCCCUAUUAACAUGGACCAUUGGGAAAUGUCGAGUAACGAACUCGCGUUCUACGUGCGAAACAGGCUGGUCUCAGGCAGGGAAUGGAUCCGGAGACCAAUGGUUUACUAUCUAAUCCACCAGCCACCAGAUGACCCGUACGUUGACAGAGCUAGACCAUUGGCGGAUAUGGGUCUGAAUCUGUGCGUCGACCUUCUCGUUCAGGUUGAUUACCACCAUCGUCACCACGGCUCUUGGUUUGUAGCCCGUACGGCGACAGCGCGUUCACUCAUACUGCUUGCAGCUGCCCGAAGUGGGCACUUUUCAAUGCCUCCUCGAUGGAAGGAAGCUGUGAAUGUGGCCAGAAAUAUACUCCACCAUUGGUCUAGCGAGGCUCCUGAUCUUCAACGCGCGGCUACUGUCCUGGAUAAUAUCGCAUCCGAUGCUGGAUUAUCAUUUCCAUUAGAUGGAUUUUAGGGUAUUUCGUCUAUUCCGUCCGUAUCGAUCGCAGAAACUGUCAUGUGAACUUCAGAAGUCCAUGAGGCUUACGCUAAGGACCCUACGCACCCUUGGCUUUCCAGGCUAGUAGAGGAGACUAUUGGGGAAUUAGCUUCGUACCAGCUCACCCCGCGCCGACUGAUGUGGGGAACGUCGUGGUCCUAAGGUGCUCAACUAGACCGGGGAGUAUCGGCUAUUUGCCCGAGUAGGAAUCUCGAAGAGUCCCAACACAUCAACGUGUCAAAAUGCCUUUAAAUGAUGUUGGGAUAAACAUUAAAGACCCCUCAAUU